CCGCAGCACUGGCAGCUUGGCCUGCGCUGCGCUGCGCUGCGAUGUUAGAGGACUCAGCCAGGAGCCUGGGGAAGGGAAGCACGCCCCUGGGGCUGGUCCCAGAGGGGCUGAUCUGCAUCUGCAGCAUGAGGUUCUGCCCGUUUGCUGAGAAGACGCGUCUGGUUCUGAAGGCCGAGGGAAUCAGGUAUGAAGUCAUCUAUAUCAACCUGAAAGAUAAGCCUGAGUGGUUCUUUAAGAAAAAUCCCUUUAGUUUGGUGCCAGUUCUGGAAAACAGUCAGGGUCAGCUGAUCUACGAGCCUGCCAUCACCUGUGAGUACCUGGAUGAAGCAUACUCAGGGAAGAAGCUGUUGCCGGAUGACCCCUAUGAGAAAGCUUGCCAGAAGAUGGUCUUUGAGUUGUUUUCUAAGGUGCCAUCUUUGGUAGGAAGCUUCCUUAGAACCCAAAAUAAGGAAGACGGUGCUGGCCUGAAAGAAGCAUUGUGUAAAGAAUUUAGCAAGCUAGAGGAGGUUCUGAUUAAUAAGAAGACAACCUUCUUUGGUGGCAAUUCCGUCUCUAUGAUUGACUAUGUCAUCUGGCCCUCGUUUGAACGGCUGGAAGCAAUGAAGUUAAAUGAGUGUGUAGACCACACUCCAGAACUUAAACUGUGGAUGGCAGCCAUGAGGGAAGAUCCCACAGUCUCAGCCCUGCUCACUGGUGUGAAGGACUGGCAAGGUUUCACAGAGCUCUACUUACAGCCUGGAGGCCUGUGACUAUGGGCUCUGAAGGGGGCUGGAGUCAGCAAUAAAGCUAUGUCUGAUGUUUUCCUUCACUUACAAAAAAAAAAAAGUUGGUAUCAAAACUCUAAUAAAACCUUAGAGAAGAGAUCAAAUAGUACACAAAUCACAAAGGACUAGUAACAAGGAAGACAGGCAACCCUGAAGAAAAAAAUGAUGCAAAAAGAUGAAGAGUGAACAUAAAUCUCUCUGAAAUUUUCCUGUAUUAACCAGAUAGCCUUUGCUGCCCACAUUAAUAUACUAAUGUACUCUGCUUUCUGCAGAGUGAUGGGACAGUAACAGCUUUUUAAUAUUACUUAUCCAAAUUUGAUUUUAGGUCUUUUUUCCUUUCUAAAUCCCUUUUAGGUGAGAGCUAGAGUCUAUCUAUAAAUAAAUAAAUAGAAUGAAUUUGAAUAAUCAACAAAAAGUAAUUAACAUAGAUGUAAUUAAUGUUAGAAAAUGGCCCAAACUGGGAAGACUUCAAUGAACUUGGUUUCUUUUCUUACAGUACCUUAUAGUUCAGUUUAAUAUAACUACCUCUUUCAUAUUCAGAAUAGAAUAAUGCUUCAUUGCUUUAGCCUUUUCAUGAUAAUUAACAAAUUAUGGAAAAAACCCACAUUUUCGAUUGUAUAUUUUUAAAUUUUUCUAUGUUAUGAUGUUUUGACAUCUUAAAAAAACCUAUCUAGCUGGGGAGAGACAGCCCCUUUCAGGGUUAGCCAAUUCUUAGAGACAGCAAAAGACUCAGCCAGGAGCAUGCAUGCCUUUGAUAUGCAAACUAACCAAUCCAGAGUCUUGCCUCAACUAUCUGACUCAUACACCCAAGAGACAAUAUUCCUCUGCCUUAAUCAUCCCAGUGCCAGGUACCAGGCAACUAGUAAUAUAGGAGUUAGAAAAAGCUAUUUAGCCAGAUAGUGAGGGCAUAGGAGCUCCCGGUAAGGCUUUUCUUUUAAUAAAAAGCAGCCUCCAAACCAUUUGUUUUCUAACAAAGAGCAGCCUGUAAAAUCGAGUUGCAGACAAGCCAAUGGGUGAAUGUAUUCCAGUUAGUUGCUUGGUUGUCACCCAUUGACUUGUGAAUAACAGAGACUUACUACGACAUCCAUUUCACUUUAUUUUUACCUUAUUUUUCUCUUAAAAACAUUUGUUCCUUAGUUUUUCAUGGCAAUUUUCCAUACAAAAGCUUUGUAUGGAAAGCUUUUAUAAUUGGUUUUUCAGGGAAUCCAACCUUAUUUUAUCUUUGAAAAUAUCCUGAAGUGCCAAAUAAACCAACAAUCUGAAGCGGGGGAAGACUCUAGCCCCAGCAAUACCUGCGACUACUAAUGAAAAAGACUUGACGGACUGAAACUGCCUGAGAUUUCUCACAUAAUGUCAUCAUUACGUGGAUGUGCUUCAGUGCUCUGAAAUAAUGGCACUUUAAUCUCAAGUCCACCUGCCACCAUCUGAAAAGGGGGAAAAAAAAAAGCUAAAGAUAUAAAAUACUGAAGAAAGGUGAGGGUACUGCUUCAUUACCCAUACAAUACAGUUUUAUUUCAGUGCUACAAUAUAAUUCUCUUUCCUUCUAGUACUAAGAGUUAUUUAGUGUUAUGCAUUCAAAAUUUUACUUCAUGAUUUACCAUGAAAGAAUCUCAUUUUACUGAAAAAUUUUAGUUUUUGGUCGGGCGCAGUGACUCACACCUGUAAUCCCAGCAUUUUGGGAGGCCGAGGCAGGCGGAUUACCUGAGGUCAGGAAUUCAAGACCAGCCUGACCAACAUGGUGAAACCCCGUCUCUACUAAAAAUACAAAAAUUAACCAGGCAUGGUGGCGUGUGCUUGUAAUUCCAACUACUCAGGAGGUUGAGGAAGGAGAAUCCUUUGAACCCAGGAGGCGGGGGUUGCAGUGAGCCAGGAUUGUGCCACUGCACUCCAACCUGGGUGACAGAGUGAGAGUCUGUCUCAAAAAAAAAAAAAAAAUAGUUUUUGUGAAAGUGUUUUCUCUGCAAAUAAUCGGUUUCCUUACUCAUUCUGAAAUGCAUUUAUUGUCUAUAAUAGCAACCCAGUGAUGUCCUGGUGUUCUGCAGAGGAAAAUGCAUAUAGAGCAGCAGCCAGGACAGAUCAGUUAAAAGCUAAAUAGCAAACAUCCUGAGAAUUGUAACGGGUCAGAAAUGGGAUAAUUAGAUAUUAUCCCAUUUCUGUAUUUACUUGAUGCCUUUGUAACAGUCUGCACAAUUGACAUAUUCCUUCUAAAACAAAAAACAAAAAAAUUUCUUCCUUUUAGUCUGGAACACAAUAACUCACUUAUCCCAUCCUAUUGCACUUAAUGGUUCUCUCUCUUUCUUUUUAAUUUGCUUUCAUCUUCUAAAUGUCUUCUGGCUAUAUCUAUGUUCUUUGCCAGCAUUUAAAUCCUGGCUCUGCUGUAUACAAACUAUGCAGACUAGCUCCUAUGCUUAACCUCAGUGAGCUUCAGUUGCCCUAUCUAUAAAAUGGGGCUAAUAGUAGCACUCACUUAAUUAUGUUGUAAUGAUUAAACUAACAACACAAGUAAAGUACAAUCCUAGGCAGUGCUGGGCCUAUCAUAGGCUCCUCAUAUUUUCUUCUCUCUAUCUGUUAUCACCCUCAAAGACCUCAUCUCCCUCAUAGGUUUAGCAGUCACUGCAUUUGAAUGAUUCCUAAGUUGACAUAUGCAAUCUUGAUAUGCCUACCUGGGCUCCACUCUUGCAUCUUCAACUCAUGGUGGGCAUUUCUCUCUGAUAGCUCAGCUUCUCCUAAACAUCAGUGUGUCUGAAAUCACUCUUAUCAUCUUAUUCUCCCCGAAAAGAAAAGACUAAAAAAUGGUUGAAAGUUCUUCAAAAACAUAAACAUAGAGUUACUAUAUGACCCAGCAAUUCCAAUCACAGGUAUAUACUCUGUGGAUAUAUUAAUACAUAUACGUACAAAUGAAAACAUAUGUCCACACUAAAACUUAUACCUGAAUAUUCAUAGCUGCAUUAUUCGUAAUAGUCCCAAAAUGGAAACAACCCAAAUGUUAAUCAAUUGAUGAAUAAAUAAAUAAAUAAAAAUAAAAUGUAUAUCUAUACAAUGGAAUGAUAGUCAGCCAAAUAAAGGAAUGGAAUACCGAAACAUGCAAAAACAUGGAUGAACCCUGAAAACAUGCUAAGUGAAAGAAGCUAGACACAAAGUCCAAGUAUUGUAUAAUUCAAUUUAUAUGAAAUAACCAGAAUAGGCAAAUCCAUAGAGACAGAAAAUAGAUUAGUGGGUACCAGGGAAAAGGGAGAUGGAGGAAUCAGGACACGACAGUUAAUGGGUACAGGGUUUUUUGUGGGGGUGCUGGAAACCCUCUGGAGUUAGUGCUGAUAGCGGCACAACAUUGCAAAUAUACUAAAAACCACCAAAAUGUACACUUUAAAAAGGUUAAAACAGUAAAUUUUAUGUUAUAUGGAUUUAAUCUCAAUUUUUAAAAAAGAAGAAAAAAGCAACCUCUGUAGACAGCGGAGUGACACUUCUCCAUGGAAGCGGGAGGAAAUGGAGCCAGAGCUGCAGAAGGGGAUCUCUGAUCUCCAGGAAACCAAGAUAUUCACUAAUAGCAUCAGAGCAAGGCCCCAGGGGAUAUCGCUGUGCUCACUUCCAAGAAGCAAUCAGAAUCUGACUCCCAAGACUCAACCAAAUAGGUCAUUAUGCAGCUUUGCUGAAAUAUCUGCAAAUUUAGACCUAAAAACUAGAAAAGGAUAGAGAUUGGAGGGUGAAAAUAGCCAAAGGAAGGACUUGAAGUGGAAAAGAAGUUCCUCAGGGGGGCAAAUUUAUUAUAUUCUCUAUUGUCAGAUUGAACUGGAAGGGCAAUACAUCAUAUGCCCAUUCGGAGCCUCACUCAUUGCCAGCACAGCAGUCUGAGAUCGAACUGCAAGGCGGCAGUGAGGCUGGGGGAGGGGCAUCUGCCAUUGCUGAGGCUUGAGUAGGUAAACAAAGAGGCCGGGAAGCUCAAACUGGGUGGAGCCUACUGCAGCUCAAGGAGGCCUGCCUGCCUCUGUAGACUUCACCUCUGGGAGCAGGGCAUAGCUGAACAAAAGUCAGCAGAAACCUCUGUAGACUUAAACGUCCCUGUCUGACAGCUUUGAAGAGAGUAGUGGUUCUCCCAGCACGGAGUUUGACAUCUGAGAACGGUCAGACUGCCUCCUCAAGUGGGUCCCUGACACCCGAGUAGCCUAACUGGGAGGCACCCAGUAGGGGUGUGAGGCACCUAGUAGGGGCAGACUGACACCUCACACGGCCGGGUACCCCUCUGAGACAAAGCUUCCAGAGGAACGAUCAGGCAGCAACAUUUGCUAUUCAGCAAUAUUCGCUGUUCUGCAGCCUCCGCUGCUGAUACCCAGGCAAACAGGGUCUGGAGUGGACCUCCAGCAAACUCCAACAGACCUGCAGCUGAGGGUCCUGUCUGUUAGAAGGAAAACUAACAAACAGAAAGAACAUCCACACCAAAACCCCAUCUGUACGUCACAAUCAUCAAAGACCAAAGGUAGAUAAAACCACAAAGAUGGGGAAAAAACAGAGCAGAAAAGCUGAAAAUUCUAAAAAUCGAGCACCUCUCCUGCUCCAAAGGAAUGCAGCUCCUCACCAGCAACAGAACAAAGCUGGACGGAGAAUGACUUUGACGAGUUGAGAGAAGAAGGCUUCAGACGAUCAAACUUCUCCGAGCUAAAGGAGGAAGUUCGAACCCAUUGCAAAGAAGCUAAAAACCUUGAAAAAAGAUUGGACAAAUGGCUAACUAGAAUAACCAGUGUAGAGAAGCCCUUAAAUGACCUGAUGGAGCUCAAAAUCAUGGCACGAGAACUACGUGACGAAUGCACAAGCUUCAGUAGCUGAUUCGAUCAACUGGAAGAAAGAGUAUCAGUGACUGAAGAUCAAAUGAAUGAAAUGAAGCAAGAAGAGAAGUUUAGAGAAAAAAGAGUAAAAAGAAACUAACAAAGCCUCCAAGAAAUGUGGGACUAUGUGAAAAGACCAAAUCUACAUCUGAUUGGUGUACCUGAAAGUGACAGGGAGAAUGGAACCAAGUUAUUUUCAAUAUAUUUUCUGUUUGUCAUUCUUUCUCCUUGAUAUUUCUUCUUUAAUCAACUUUUGACCAACAAGGCAAGUAGACUUUAUAACAUUUUACAAGUAAAGCAAAAUCAGCCCUUACAAGGACUCAGUCUAAAUUCGGGUUCUUUGAAGGUAGCCUGUCAGAUGACCCGAUUAAAGGUGAUGAGAAUAUUUCAGGGGGUUUUCAAGACAUUCUGUAUCUGCCUCUAUUGAAAUUUCAUUAACCUUUUGUUUUGGAAAAGUUUCCAUGAAAAGGACCUAGGAGAAAAGCAUUCCCAAAUCACCCCCCUCAGACUAUAGAAUAGAUCUUAAUAGCCACUAACUGAAGUAGUCCAUGUGUUCCCACAGAUGGCUGUGAAAAAUGAAUCGUGCUUAUCAAUUCAAGAAAAUGGAAAGAAAAGAACAAGGAGUAUAGAACUUCAGGAUUUAGCCAUUCCUAUUCAGGGUCUCAUGAAUGACCAAAGUAAAAAAUCUCGAGUUAGUUUGCUCUUCCCAAGUUAUUUUCUCCCCAAUCUCAAUUUCUAUAAUGAAGUGUUUCCAAAAGGGCAGACACUGCCUUCUGAUCCUCUGUUGUACUUCACAUGAUUUGAAAAUGAUGGAGAAAAGCUAAUGCAUCCUACCUGGUUGUAUUAAUUUGCUAGAGCUGCCUUAAUAAAGUACCACAAAUGAUGUGGCUUAAACAACAGAAAUUUAUUGUCUCACUGUUCUGAAGCUAGAAGGCUGAAAUCAAAGUGUCAGCAGGGUUGGUUCCUUCUGAGGGAUGUGAAGGAAGGAUCUGUUCCAGGUUUCUCUCCCUGGCUUGUAGAUGGCUUUCUUCCUUGUCUCUCUUCACAUCAUCUUCCCUCUAUUUGUUUUUAUGUCAUGGUGUCCAAAUUCGUUCAAAUGUCUGUUAUCUGUAUUCAAAUUUCCCCUUUUUAUAAGGACACUAGUCAUAUUGGAUUAGAGUCCACCCCAAUCUCAUUUUAACUUGAUUACUUAUAUGGCCUUAUAUGGAAAUAAAGACCCUAUCUCCAUAUAAAAUCACAUUCUGAGGUACUGGAGGUUAGGACAUCUAUAUAUUUUGGUGGGGUGGAGGGAGGGAUGCAAUUCAACCUAUAUCACUAGUCUAUGCAACUUAAUGAAGAGCUGAGGAAAAAGCCCUUUCUCUUAACAUCUAGGAAACCCUUUCAGGGAUGAAUCUAGAGGAGUUUGGUUCUGGGCCAACCAGGAAGUACUGGGGCCAGGGGCUGUAAGGUAGUUCAGGAAGAAGUAUAUGCAGAAAACUGGAGAUAAAAUGCUGUGUGGAAUCACCAGGAGUCUUGAGGACAAAGCCAUAAUCAGAUGACCUGGAAUCUGACCAAACUGACUCACACAGGCAAAAAUCAGAAUCUAUGUCCUUGGCAUACAUCAAAGAUGCUCAGCAAGAAUUGAAAUGAAAAGAAGUGCAGAGGACCAAGCUGGGCACAAAUGCAAGACAAAUGCAAGAUAGGAUUAUAUCAUCUAGGAAGUCUCAGUUUUAAGCAACAGAAACUGACUCUGGCUGAUUUUUAAUAGAAAAAUGAAUCAAUUGAGAGGAUACUGGAAAUAUAAGGAAACUUUUGGAGUUGAAUGAUACUUAUAUUAUCUUGAAUGAUACUUUUACUAUCUUGCUUGUGGUGGUGGUUUUACAGAUGUAAAUAUAAUGUAUGUCACAAUUUAUCAAAUUGGAUAAUUUAAUAUAGAAUGUAUUGUGUGUCCAUUAUAUCCCAAUAAAACUGCUUUUAAAAAAGAUAUUGGAACCGUAUGUUACACUGAUGCUGGGAGUGUAAACUGGCACAAUCACUUUGGAAAACUCUUUGGCAGUAUAUAUAAAAGCUGAGCAAAUGCUAUAUUCUAUAAUCUACCAUUUUCACUUCUAGUUAACCACCCAAUAGAAAUGCAUACAAAUCUUUAACAAAAAUGUGUACAACAAUGUUCACAGCAGCACUAUUCAUAUUAAUAAAAAUGUAAACUGCCUAGAUGCUCAUCAGCAGUAUAACGAUACGUAUAAAUGGUUAACCCUGUAGGCCUGGGCUACUCAAACCCUGUAUAUUCCCAAGUUCUUCAGCAAUGGCCCUUAGCCUGAUUCCUGGGAAAAGGUGUCUGAGCCCUUGGACUAUCGUGCCCGAAAAGAGUAUCUUUUUAUGCCUAAUGCCUUGGGCUAUGCCAGCUAGUUAGCACUAACAAAAUGCCUAUUUUUGUAUGCCUGAGGCUUUAGGCCUCACUGUAUCCAUUUGACCUAUGGGGGCUGGAGACUGAGUAGUUCAGUCUCCAAUAAGUAUCCUGGAUGCCAAGGCUCAAGUAGCUUCCCUAGUUGGCAACACUUUGCAUGUGUUGUCACAUACCAUUGCUGAAAAAAUUAAGCGCUAUCUGUGUGACUCAACCAGGAGAUGAUAGUUAGAAACUUGUGCCUGGUUUCUCCUGGACUCAACCCUGUGUACCUAUUACCUUUGCUGAUUUUAAUCUGCAUCCUUUUAUUGAAAUAAAUCUUAAGCAUGAGUAUAACAGCUUUUCUGAGUUCUGUGAGUCUUCCCAACAAAUCAUUGAGCCUGAGGGUGGUCUUGAGAACCCCCAACACAAAUGCAUAAAUAUUAUAUUUAUAGAAUGGAAUACUUUGCUAUACUUGUAAGAGUGAAUGAGAUACAACUAAACCAAACAACAUGGAUAAAUUUCACAAUCAUAAUGUUGGACAUACACAACAAAUGUGGUAUGAUUCUAUUUGUAUAAAGAAAAACAAGACAAGUAGAAUUAAUCUAUGAUGCUAGGAGUCAGGAUUUUGGUUAUCCUUGGAUGGCAGAUGGUAGUGACUAGAGGGGGAAUGAGGAAGCUUUUAGGAUGUUGGUAAUAUUCUGUUUCUUUAUCUGAGCACUGGUUAUAAAAAUGCACUGUCUGUAAAAAUUCAUUUUGUAAAAAAAAUUUAUGUGCGUGUUUUUCUGUAUAUAUGCUAUACUUUAACAAUGCAAAAUGUUAAAGGAUACUGGAUGGCAUGCAGAAUCUUUGGAAGAACAACCAGAUUGCCAGGCAACACAGCUAGAAAAGUGCCCCAAAUCUCACCACAGAACAGAUUUAAUGAAAAUCGCACUUCUGCACUGCUGGGCCAUUAUUACUAUGACCACCGAGAAUGCUGCCUCUAAAGAGUGGAUGGAGCUGCUCUCACUGCCCUGCUGCUUCC